AUGGGACAAGCUUGCAGGUGUGACAACAGAUGGUUGUCCAAAUCUGACAGGGAAAAUGUUGGACUUUUAAAGAGAAUGCAGGAUAAAGUGACAGAAAUUAACCCUGAUCAGAAAUUGACAUUUUUGCAUUGUAUCAUACAUCAGGAAGUGUUGUGUAAGACAGUGUUAAAAAUGAAACAUGUCGUUGAUGCUGUCACUAAAAUAGUUAAUUUCAUCAGAGCAAGAGCUUUAAAUCACAGACAGUUUGUUGCUUUGUUGGAGGAAACUGAGGCUGAACAUGGUGACAUAAGCUAUCACUGCACUGUUAGGUGGCUCAGCCUUGGCAAGGUUCUGAAAAGUGUCUGGGACCUGAGAGACCAGAUUCAGGAGUUCUGUAUUCAGAAAGGUCAUGACAUCCCAGAACUUUCAGAUAACAACUGGUUGGCAGACCUCGGAUUCGCUGUGGAUGUGACUGCACUAAUGAACGAACUAAAUGUCAAAAUGCAGAGCAAGGGCCUUUUUGUGCAUGAGAUGUACAGUGCAGUGAAGGCUUUCAUGAGAAAACUACAGCUUCUCUCAAGCCAAGUGAAGGACAACAUUCUGACCCACUUGCCAACACUUAAGGAAGCCAAAAGAUCAGGUGAUCACCUCCAAAAGUACUCAACCAUGUUAGAAGCAUUGCAUGCAGAGUUUUCAAGGCGAUUUCAAGAUUUCAAAACUCUUGAGAGUGAAAUGCACAUGGUUUCUUCUCCCUUCAACUGCAGUGUGGAUGAUGCACCAAGUGAAGUUCAGAUGGAACUCAUUGAUCUGCAGUCUGACACACAUCUGGCAGAUCACUUCAAGUCAGUCUCACUGCUGGACUUUUACUCCGCCCUCAAAGAGGAGAACUUUCCACACCUGAGGAGGCAUGCUCAGAGGAUCCUAGUCCUCUUUGGAUCUACCUAUCAAUGUGAACAGACAUUCUCAGUUAUGAAGUUCAACAAAUCCAAACACAGAUCCUCUAUGACUGAUGACCACCUCUCAGCUGUCCUUCAUAGCCACUUCAGACAUUCCGCCAGAUUUCAAUGCCCUUGUUCAAGCCCAGAACAGACUGGAUUAUUCUCGCUGAAGAGGUAA